AAAACAAAGAGUUAUCUAUACUUUAAUACAAAGACAUCUUGGUACAAUAGUUUUUUUUUUUAACAAAAUCUUCGUAAGAUAGUUAAAGUCCAAAUUAAUGUUUAUCUUGUUCUUUUUUAAUUUUUGUCAUUCUCUUUCUUAUAUUUAAAAGAAGCAAAACAGAAUCCUCUCUUUUGAUCUUGGUGUUUUAUUUUCAUUCAUUCAUCUUCAAAUCACAGAUCCUCUUUUUUGAGAAAUCUUAGAUCUGAUUUUAUCAAGUUUUCAAAGCUCAUCAACAUAGCUAUAGUAUAAAUAUCAACACAUAUAUAAGAGUAGAAGAAUCAAAGGAAAGAAGCUUCACCAUCACCUUUGUUUAUGGAGAAACAAGAACCAUCUCAACCUACAAAUCAAGGUAAUGAAAAGAAAAAACAUUAUAGAGGUGUAAGGCAAAGACCUUGGGGGAAAUGGGCAGCUGAAAUAAGAGAUCCUAAAAAAGGAGCAAGAGUGUGGCUUGGCACCUUUGAAACAGCUGAAGCUGCAGCUACUGCUUAUGAUGAAGCUGCAUUGAGAUUCAAAGGAAACAAAGCCAAGCUUAAUUUCCCUCGACUCAUUUCUAAUUUGCCUUCGGAUCCAAAACCACCGCGUAAUAAGAAUAAUGCUUCAUCUUCUUCCUCUUCUUCUUCGCAGCUUGCUCCACCGAAGCCUCUUUUUCCUUCGUCGUUGUCAUCAGAAGAGGUGUUCCCAAACCUAAUGCAAUAUGCACAAGUGCUUUGUAGUAAGGAUGAUGAAGAUCUUCGACGUGCCGCUUCAAGUCUUUACAAUAAUAAUAAUCAUCAACAAUAUCAUCAUCAGAAUAAUAUUAAUAAUACUAAUGAGCGAUUUUGUUAUUAUAAUUUGCCGUCAUUUUUCUCAACACCAUCAACAAUGUCGCCAUCUUCUACUUCUAAGGAUGUUGUUGUGCCUAGGGUUGGAGAUUGUCAUCCUUUUGAUAGGAACAUGCGAGGGCCAUAGUUUCUCCGUGACCCGAAUUCUUUAAGAUUAUCAAAUAUUAUAGUCAAUGGAUCUCAAUCUAUCAAAAGAUUGGACGGUUCAUAUUAUAAUAUAUACAAGCCGAGUUUUUUUAAAGAGAAUUCAAAACUUAAAUAUAAGUCAUAUGAUUUUUAACCAAUAGUCAAAAUUUGUGACUGCUAUUGUUUCUCUUAUAUGGGAGAUGGCAUGGGUAUAUAGCCUUUUUUUUUUUUUUUUUUCAUUUUUGUUGGAAUAAGAAGUAUGCCAAAAAAUUUAGUCAAAAAAAAGUAUGCCAAAUUUCUUGGUCACAUUUUCCUCCUUAUUUUCAUGUACUUUUAAUUCUAAUCAAAUGACAACAAGUCCAGGAUUAGGUUGCCUAAUUGUCCAUCAAAUAGACCAUUUUUUAAUAUAUUUUUUGAUUAGGCCAAA